AGAUUUUCCCGUUUUGACAGACGGAGUGACGGACGUUGUCAGCUGCAGGCAAAACAAUCAUCGCGGUUCGGAUCGUGUUUCACAUUUUGGCCAAAAAGGAAAAAAUAUUUUUUAUUUCAAUUAAAUCGGUGCGGCAAAUCACUGGGAAUCCCCAAAAAUGUCGCUCGAUCUCAAGAACGAAUCGGACGUCAAGGAAUACCUGGAAAAUCUGGGAAUUGAAUAUCGGUUCGGGUGCUAUUCAGAGAAAAAAGCUGACGUUUGCCAUCUUCUGGGAGAUUAUCUGGAAGGAAUCAAAAAGGACUUUGAAAAGGCCGCAAAAGUGUACCGGUCCAACUGCGAUGACUACGGAUACGCGAAGAGCUGCCUCAAGUACGGAAACUAUAGCUUCCUGGGUAAGGGUCGUGCCUCGAAUAAGGGUGACCCCGUGAAGGCUUACCAGUACUACGAAAAAGGAUGCGAACUGAACGAUCCGGAUGCAUGCUUGCAUUCCGGUUUGUUGCUGGUUUCCAAGUCCAUUCCCAAGGAAAUGAAACGGGACGUGCCGAAGGCGUUCGAGUACCUCAAAAAGGCCUGCAGUAUGAACAAUGCCAAUGCUUGCUUUUACCUUUCCGGGAUGCACAUCUCCGGGGUGUUAAAGGACGAGUUCAAUACACCGAAGGUGAAAGAAGAGCUGGAGCAAAAGGAAAAGGUUUCGCCCGGCAGUAGCGCAUCGCUACUUCCGGAGGGGGCUUACGUCGUGGAGAGGGACAUGCAUAAGGCGUUCGAGUUCGCUUACAAAGCGUGCGAGUUGCGGAACAUGUACGCCUGUGCCAACCUCAGCCAGAUGUACGCCAAGGGCGACGGAACGACAAAGGACGAAAAGAAGGCGGAAAAGUACAAACAAAUGGCCAUGGAGAUGCAGGACGAGAUCAAGAAGCAACAGCAACUUACCUUCCAGCAAGGGUUGAAUGCAACGUAGGACAGCGGCGAUCGUUUUUAGUGGUUUUUAGGUCGCAUGUCGCUGAGAGGAGAUACUCGUAAGAAUUACUGAUUUUCUUGGUAUCUUCUGGAUUGUAACAUAAUAUAUGUAUAACUACGGAUACUGCUGAUUAAGCAUACCGGAUAAAAAGUAACUAGGCAUUACAUUAAUGAUUGACGGUUAUCCUAACUUAGUGGAAUCACCUGAUUAAUAAAAAGUAUAACUAUGUGAAAUA